AUGGCCUCCGAUGAGUUCAAGUUUGACAUUGAAGUGAAGACUAGCAACACACCACUAACAAGGCGCAGCAUGUUGUCAGAGUUGAAUAGCAUAUAUGACCCACUUGGGUUUGUGGCCCCAGUCACUAUUCAGGGGAAGAUACUCAUGAGGGAAAUUACUAAAGGCUAUAACUGGGAUGAACCGAUUGAACAAGAUCUGGAGAAAAAAUGGAAAGUCUUCAAGGAAACAGUCAGAACACUUAAAGACUUCAAGGUCCCACGCAUGAUAGUACCUUUGUCACUCAGCACGGCAGGGAAUGCGGAGCUACAUGUUUUCUCAGACGCAUCGGAGAAGGCUGUCAGUGCCGUAGCUUACCUCAAGGUCUGUCGAGAGGAGAUACAGUACACUGGAUUUGUUAUGGGGAAGACUAAACUAGCCCCCUCCCAUGGUCAUUCCAUACCUCGAUUGGAACUGUGCGGGGCCUUAUUAGCAACAGAACUUGCCCAAAUUGUCAUUGACAACUUAGAUGUUGACCUUGAUACUGUCCAAUACUACACAGACAGCAAAGUUGUGUUGGGCUACAUUAAUAACAAAACCAGGAGGUUCUACAAUUACGUGAGCAACAGGGUAGAACGUAUACUGAGGCAUUCGAGUCCCAGUCAAUGGAACUACAUUUCCACCAAAGACAAUCCAGCAGAUUGUGGCACCAGGGGUGUUUCUUCAUCUAAUGAACUAGAUAAGUGGCUCCAGACACCAGAGAAUCUACGAAAACACUCUCAGAACUUAGCAGCUACGGAACACUUUCCGCUUAUAUGUCCUGAAGAUGACAAGGAACUCAGGGUUGAGACCAGGAAAACGGGAAUCAAGGAGGAAUUCCUUGACAAUCUCCUCCAAGGUUUUUCUUACUGGCGGCGACUUGUGAACGUAAUCGUACGCAUCAAGGGAUACAUCAGAAAAUUCAAAAGUCGGUACAAGAACACGCAUUCAUUGGAGACAAACGGACGUGAGGAUCGCAAUGCAGCUGAACAUCUCCUUCUCCGUAUGCACCAGAACGAUCAAUUCCCAAUGGAAAUAGAGUCCUUGAAGGAGAGUAAACCCAUAGCUUCUGCAUCAACCAUCAUUAGGCUCGCGCCGUUCCUCGACUCUGAUGGAAUCAUGCGGGUUGGAGGUCGCUUAGGUCAAAGUUGUCUCCCACUGGAGGAAGCCCACCCAAUCAUAGUGUCCAAAAGUCAUCUAUUGCAAAACUGCUAG